AUGAAAAUAGGUGUUCCGCGAAGCGACAAUGGGUCCUUGGCGGUGGUUCCGUUCACUGUGAGCGAGCGGGCAUGUGUAUCAAGCAUCUUGGCGACUCGGACGUAUGUGGAGCUAAAGGAGCGGUUGUCAUGUUUUGCCAACUGGGUAUGGGACAAAGGAGAUAUGUUUGUAUGGACACCGGUGCUGAACCGGCUGGACGAGGUAUUGGCAGUAUAUGUGUUGCGUUCCGGUUUGGCGGACUUACCGGGAAACAGCAGCAAGGGUUUGAAGGAAAGAAGGCCCUUCGAUGAUGGGUUCGAUUACGAGGGGCAGGAAGGACUGGACGCAGAGUGUGUCAUCUACGUCCUGCGGACCAUGCAGAUAAUCGUGGAGUCUUGCACGGCGAAAGCCAUGCUCAACUCGGUCGGAAACGUCAUGUUGCUGCUGGAUUCAUGCGAUACGGCAAUUCUGGAAAACGCUCUUUUCAUCAUCGUUAUUGUUGCGUUUGUAGCUCGACGAGGCAAAAAGUCCGUAGACGCUCCCUGGAUGAAUGAGCUGCUACAGAGACUAAACAUCCUGGCCGCCUUUCCAAAUAGAAUCGUUGCUGAGCAUGACUCAACUAACAGCACACCGCUCAGCUUUUACUCCGACUUGCAUUGGCACGCUGUACCGAGCCACACAGGCCGCUAUACCCUAAUAAGCACUGGUCAGCCAGUCAUCAUAUCUAACGGCGAUAUAAGAGAAAAACUACAAGCCUCUCUGGCUUCCAUCAAGUCGCCAAACGGAACGUCCGAGAGGCCGCCGUCAGAAAGGCCGCCGUCAGAAAGGCCGUCGUCAGAAAGGCCGUCGUCAGAAAGGCCGUCGUUAGAAAGGCCGUCGGUAAAGUCUCAGGAGCCAGCGGAGGGUCGACAGGCAAGCGAUAUUGUAGACGGCGGCAGAGAGGCUGCUGCUGGUGUCUUCACCUGUCAACAUGAGAAACGACUGGCGGAGCUUUCGACAGCGUUUGGCGUCAAGGAGACGCGCCUUUUGAGGCAUCGGAUGAGAAUACUGCUCAAUGAGGACCAUUUGAACCGAAGACGAAGAUUAGUGGAUGACAGCUUGUUGGCCCUGAUGUGCAUCAUGACGCUCAGUCCUUUAUACUUCCAACAGCAUACUCCGCACAAACUGGUCAUGGCCGAACUCGGGCUGCUCACACGAAGCCAUAAGUGUUUGAAUUAUUCUACACUAGCCCUGGUAAUAGACAUGUGGGUAACCUUGCUGCACGAGAAAGUAAAUGUCAAGCACGUAUCGCAAUACUUACAGCUGCAAAUGCCGCAUGGGAUCAUGUGCGAGCUCAUCAGGACCUAUGUUGGGAACGAGAAACUAUACCCUAAGGAGGCUAUCCAUGCGCUCCCUGAGUUACUCUUUGAGAAAAACGACCUAGAUCCUGAAGGGGGCUGUUCUGCUAGAGACGACAAUUGUGCUAGAACAGACGGUAGUCGUGACGGGAAAAACAGCAACAGUGAAGGGAUGAUGGCGGUAGAAGAAGACCAGUCGCCAGCACUCAGCCUGAGUGUAUGCCCCGCGGUUUCGAUACCAGAGGCGCCCGUAACUGAGGACCCUGACGAGAUCGUUCCUCCGAAUUUUGUACCCCAAGUUGUCUGUAAAACGGACCCACAACCAAUUUGUGAAGACAUUACCGCUGCGGCAUACACUUCCAGGGAUUUGUAUGAGAGACUAAAGAUUUGUGUUCCGCGAGAAAUUCCGAAGUUUGGUUCAUCUCCAAUUUUGAAUGGGACAAGCUGCUUGCCGUCAAUCAGGCAUAUUCAACAUAUUAGAAGUCAUGCCGAAGUGGUCACAGCGCUGUUGGACUUAUAUCAAGAAAGUUUGUUCGCUUGUUCGUCGGCUGCCCUGGGUCAUCCCACAAUAGUCAAGCAAAUCGCAAGAUUAUUGGAAGUCCGAGAUUAUAGAUACAUCCAGGCUUGUAUGAGCGCUUUGCGGGCGAUGGAAUCGUACUACGAUAAUUCUGGAGCGGCAUUGAAGAAUAAUGUUCGAGAAUUAAAUAUCGUGCACACGUGUGCGCAGCGCCUCAGAUACGAGUUAGCAUGUAUUCAUCAGCUAAAUGAGUACGCGAGAGACGAAGGAUGGAUUACCGAUACGUUAACCCCGUGGACCGGCCAGGGGCAGUGCGAGGAUGUCGAGGGGGCGACCCGACUGUAUAUGAUAGAGCCGGGCGUCCCUACGAACUGGCAUGAGGCGUUUCUGCGCGGGUCGUACUUUUGGCAGAUUAUGGAGGAGAUUACGAAUCGCCGGAGCCUGACGGCGGCGCUAGUUAAAGACGGUCCUAUACUUCUCUGGUACCCAUAUUCGGGUACUCAGCAGACAGUCGCUUCCGAGCUUAUAGAAGAGUUUGGACUGGCCUUCCGGUACAUUUUCCAGCACCCAAAAGAGGUCGGAUAUGUUUGUGCUUCGGCUGCAGUGCAGUCUUUGGGUGACUGUCGGAAUGAAGAUCCUGCCUCGCAGUCUCAUUUGACGCGCAGCGGAUUAAUUGAAUGCUUGUAUGACGCUAUGCCCUCCUUGGCCAAAUCCGAGAGCUGUAUGGCUUAUUUGCCUUCGUUCUUUUCUCAGUUGUGCGUUCAUUCAUUGGGAAUAAAGGAUCUCAAGAGGAGGAAUGGCGACUUUAUCAUUGCAAUGGCAGAACAGAUGGCUGACCCGUCUUUGGCGUACUAUGACAGAGUGUCCCACAUCACCAGCUCCGUUGGCCAUACGGUGGACACCUCUGCCCGUCUGUACGGAGAUCUUCGACAGGUCUAUGCGAUCUGUUUCUCGAAGUUGCUGGCUCAGUUGAAACAAGACCUCAUGCAAACAAAUUCAUGGAAGGUCCGCCAGAACUCCCAAGCUUUGGUCCGAGAGAUGGUCUUGCAACCGCAGGUCAGCGCAAUGAAGGAUCUCCAGCUGCCUCCAACACCGGCGCACGAAUUUAUCAUGGACCGAAUCAGCAAUGUGAGUAGAAUGCUACUCUUCCUCGUCCAAGUGAACGGCGUGUCGGUGCUGCUGGACUCGCUACCCAUUAUUGUGGACUGUUCCCCGCCCCUGCAGGUCAACAUUGCGCAACUGCUGCUGGAUAUUCUCAUAGCUACGGAUGCGGACGGCGACCUCAAGAUCCCGCCGCUCGCCUUCACCCACUGCUUGCCCACCCACCCAAUCUCGCCUCUGGUCAAGUGUUUCCUCAUGUACAUGUCGCGAAUUGAGAUUGCGCACGGCCCGUUCGACCAAAACUUCCUCGGUCUCACUUUCCGGCGCACUAUCAAGCAGGGCUGUGACCUGCUCAAGUGCAUUGAGCAGGCGCGGCUUCUGCAAGCCAGCGCGGCGGCUGUUAAGAACGCUGCGGCUGUUCAGAGCGCGCCAGCUAUUAAGAGCACGCCGUUUCUGGGGCUGCAGGCGAGUCAGAAGGGCAAGCACAUGGUCUUAGACGAGUUGGGGCGGUUACGCAAGGCGUUUGUGGCUUCGGCGCACAUGUUUGGAAGUUACCUGAGUUUGUUGGCAGGGUGUCUUAAGGAGCGGGCCGUGUUGACGCAUUGUGCGCCCCAGUAUCAGGUGCCGUUGCUGCUGGCGGUUGCUUCGUUGCUGCCAGUGGUACAGGCCGUGUUUGCGCCGUUGCUGGAUGUGCUGUACUCGGAAUUGAUGGUCCUCAACAACUGCCAGGACUGCCCGACGCUGCUUACCGUGCGUAACGCGCUACAGGAGCCGCCCGCUCUGCUGGCCGCCAAGGUUGACGCGCGCAGACAACAGCACCACCCCCUCGCCGAAAGCAGCUGCUUCCACCUUGAAACUGCCGAUCCCGUCGCCACCUCCAUCGGCCGACCCUGUCUAGGCCCGCACGCCUUCCUCUGGUCCUCGCUCAGCGACUGGGCCUACAGUGCCGGGAACGCCAUGCUCGACGCAGACGUCCCCAUAGCGCCUUACGAACUUGAAGAGAACUUGGUCGAACAAAAAGGGCCAGCGGAGCCGCUCGAGCCCUGGCAGAGUGACAGCCUGAUCAAGGAGCUUCUGCGCGGCCUCUGUCUCGCCGCGCGCCUUUUCCUCACCGCCGCCUCGCGCAGUCUGAACGCGGCGUCACGAGACGAUCGACCGCGCGACUUUUAUGAUGCGCAACGCGUCGUCGCCGGCAACCUUGUCGCCUGUGGACGUACGCUGCUCCACGCCGUGCCUGACUCGGUCGCACCUGACUCCGAGACGAAAACGGCCCCCUGGUCUUUGGGGGACGCCCCCGUGGACUUGGGGGAGGGGGCCUCGGCGUUGGUGCGGCGGACGUGCUACGUGGCAGAGUGUUGGGACGUGUUGUACCGCGCACACAUCGACGACAAGGCGCAAGGUGGGUUGGUGCCGCAAGUGGCACACGCGGCGGCCCGGACGGGACUGUUGGCGGAGGCGGCGCGCGCAGUU